AAGCUAUUAUAGUCGAUCAUGGAAAUCAAAAACCAGGAAGAGAAGGAGAAGAAAGAUUCGAUUUCAUCCCAAUCUCAUGGGAUUCCAUCAAUUCAACUUCCAAGCAAUUUGCUGAGCAUCAAUGAUUAUGGAAAAUUUGUUUGGGCUUCAUGCUCUUUACCGAUAAAAGCAUCUUUCCUUGAUCAUAUCGGUCCGAUCUAGGAUGAUAUUCUCUACUGGGAGGAUUCACUUCAGUCCUCUUCGAUCCUAGAACCUGACAAUCAGAUGAAUCGUAUUCUCGCCGGAAACAAGGAAUCGGUUUCAUCCCGACCGAUUGGGGAACCUAUCAAGGAGAUAAAUAGUGUUAUCCUGCUGCUAGGGGCACUCGCCUCUUGUACUCUCCGGCAAACACUUCCCCUUUUAUUGGGCCACGAAGCAGAAGCUUCAACAAACCCAAAACCAAUGGCAAAGGAACCUGCUUUUUGCGAAGAGUGCAAAAAUCACCCAUCAAAGUACAAGUGUCCAGGUUGCUCACUCCGUUCUUGCAGUCUUCCAUGUGUCAAAGCUCACAAGCAACGAACUGGCUGCAAUGGAAAGAGAAACAUGACCAAAUUUGUUCCUCUCUCUGAGUUCGACGAUAAUCUCCUCAUCUCUGCCUUCGUAGUGCUGCUGCAAGUCGUGGAACAAAGCUAUGGUUUCAACCAAGUGGGAUGUCGAAGAGGAAAAAGAAUCAAACUCGGUAUAAUCAAAGGGAGAAGUUCAUCUCAUGGACAAUUGAGUGGCGAUUUCACUCAACAGAUGUGGUUAUAGUUGAUCAUGGAGUGAACGAAGAGAGGAACGUCUGCUCUGUAAUUGAGAACCAUUGGAAACCUGGCCCAUGGAUUCACCAGCUAAGGCAUUUCUCUGAGGAGCAGUUGGAAAAUCUCAAGUUUUUCAUCCAAAAGUAUCCAAAGGUGGUUUAUUGUUGUUUUCUUUUUUUAUUUCUUAAUAUGGAUGUGGUUUUCAUCUUUUCUUCCUGGUCAUAUGGAUGCUAGUUGGUCCUUGGAUGUUUAUUUUCGAUUUUCAGAAAAGCAUUUAGACCCAAAGUAAGUAGAGAAAACAAAAUCUUGAUUUCAGA